AUGAUUUUCCAGAAACCAAUGUCAAAACAACAAACUCCACAAUUUCUAUUUGCAAACAAAAUACUUCAAGUAACACAAGAUUACAACUAUUUAGGUCUUAAACUUACAACCAAUGGGAAAUUUACCAUAGCAAUGAAACAACUUGCUGAUAAAGCAAAACAUGCUAUGUUCAGCACAAAGAAAAAAGUUGAUUUUCACUCACUGAAUCCAAAACUAGCAAUCAAAAUUUUUGACAGUAUUAUCUCGCCAAUACUUCUAUAUAAUUCAGAAGUAUGGGGUACAUUCAUUAAUAGCGACCCCAAUAAAUGGGAUCAUGCAAUCCGAAACAGAAAAAGUUCAUUCCAGAUUCUGCAAACUAUACUUAGGAGUUAAUAGAAAAGCAACAGAUGUAGCAUGUAGAGGUGAAUUAGGAAAAUUUCCUUUAUUAAUAACCAUACACAAAAGAAUAAUCAAAUACCUUGCACACAUUAAUACCCUUCCUGACUUCACUAUUGUGAAACAAGCAUUCCUAAUCUCCAAAGAACUUUAUGAACUGAAUAAACCCAGCUUUUACUCCAAUGUCACGAAGUAAACUAACGUAAAUGAUGAACUAAAUGAAUUAGAAUCUAUUACUAUUCAUCAACAAAGUCAAUUUAUAAGCAAUGCUAAAAAUAAAUAUGUCACCUUUUGGAAACAUAAGUUAGACAAUUCCUCCAAACUCUCUUUCUACAGCACAUUUAAAUCUGAAUAUAAGUUGGAGGACUACCUUACAACUAUAAGAAACUCAUCUCAAAGAAAAGCAGUAACUAAAUUUCGAAUAAGUUGUCAUAAGUUACAGAUUGAAUACGGUCGAUAUCACAACAUCCCCCGUGAACAACGCUUAUGUAAUCUCUGUGAUACAAACGAAAUUGAAGAUGAAUAUCACUUUGCACUAUCUUGUAACUACUACAGACAAGACAGAAACACCACAAACAAUAUAUUACAAAGACAAUGCAAUGAAACACUCAACUACCAAAAAAAAGAUAACCUCGUGAAUGUGAUAAAAUCUAAUGAUCCGAAAGUACUGAAUUUGUUUUCCAAAAUAUAUUAAAGUUAGUUUUGAAAAACGGAAUCAGUACUUUGAAGCCAGAAAUACAAAUAAUACCUAAAACAAAUUGUAUAAAAAAAUUUUUUUUUAAAUCCUUAACCGAUAUAGACACUACAUAUUAAAUUAAAACCCUGAAAUAGUAAUAUAUCUUGUAACCUUAAAUAUUCUCAUAGUGAUCACCAAUAUGUAAAUAAUAUAAAGUUAAAAAAUAUGUUAUUAUUAGUUAGUUAUGAACGUUAAUAGUUAUAUUGAUGGAACUACAGUACUUUAGCAAUAUCUUGCAAUUAUAGACCAUGCUAAUAAAGUCAUUACAAUUUGAAAUUUGUAAGUAUCGCUUCAUUUCAGGUUCUAAGAAAUUAAGAACGAAAAGAUGCAUCAGAUACUAAAGUUACAAUACGCAGCUACUAGCUAUAGCCAAUAGCCUUGCUAGUUUAGAAAUUAGCGUGUGAAGUAUUCUUGUGAUAAGAGUGAUAUCUUACUCGUUCGUUACGCUAACCAGUAGAUUACAAAUUUCUGCUAAUUUAACCCUUAUCCUUUGUUUCGACUCUAGACUACCAGCAGUGGUCACUUGGAUACAACGUCUAAUAUUGAAAAUGUAGAAAAUGUAAGUUUAUAAUGCAAUAUUGAAUAUGUGAUACUUCAGUUUUGUCUUUUUUAGUGCUAGGUUUUUCUCCCUCUCCCAAACUGGAUUUAGACAGUCGCUAUCUAGCAUACAAAGAGGCUAUUCAAGUAAGACACAUUUUCCAAUUUUUUUCUUUAAUGAAUGUAAUUAAAAUCGGUUUGCGUGUGGCCUCCAUCCUUGAUUAAAUAUUCAACAAAGACGAGCUUAUAAAUAAAUUUUAUCGCGCAUCACGGCUGCUAUAUGUCGAUAUUUCAACAUAGAAAUGGUGGCCACAAUCGUGUUUCGCCCCCCUCAUUUGCCCCGUGUUUGGCCGAGCGUCACAGGUGUCAAGAUCAUUUUUAUCUUGUUAAUUUAGGCCAGCUCACCCAUCCUAUCUCAGCCGGUGGAGUCUGGACUGAUGGGGACAUCAGAGAAAUGUAUGAGAUUUUUACACAAGUCAGCAGAGGAACUCAGGCAGUCAGAGGAAGCUGAUGCACAACAAGAACAGGAGAGAAUAGAGACACAAAAUGAGCAACAAUUAACAGAAGAGCAUCUAGAAGAUCUUCGAAAAACCAGAGAGUCACAAGUUCCCAGUGAACCAGAUAUCGCUGAAGACCAUGUCAUUUUCUGUGUUCGCCACGUAGACCUUGGUGUGGUUACACAUGCCUUUCUACCACAAGAAAAGAUAGCUGCCGUCCAUGAUUGGAUUGGAUCGCUCCAGAAACAGCCGGAGCACUUUCGUUUCUAUCUGCCGAGAGGAAACGUGUUAACAGCUGAGCAGUCCAUGGUGUUGGCUAGCCGUUGCACUUUAACCAUGGAGGUUUGCGAAGCAGAGACUCCAACAGCAGCUUCCUAUCCCUUCGGAUCGCCUACAGUACACCAUAGCGAAUCUUACUCCCCUCAGGAAACAGUAUCAUCAGGAAGCUCAAAUAACCCACCUCAAAUACUGAUGGAAGGUGAUGAAGAUGUUAAUGAAGAAGAUACUCGGGCUGCUCAACUUCUACAGAGCCUGGAACAACGGCGUCAGGAGGCUUUCCAAAUGUUCCUCGACGAGAAACAUGUCAUAUUCAGCAAGACCAACUUAGUGCAGCAGCUGUUGGACUUGUACGCAGAUGAUGGUCUUUCUGGAUACAAGAUGCGAGUGACUAUUGACGAGUACGACACACUGGUGAUGGUGUUCUGCGUGAGCUCUUUGCCAUGUUCUGGGAGCAAUUUCUUCCAGAGAAUGGCAGAACAUUACACUCUUGCAUUGCAAUCGUUGUAUUCAGAUAGCGUUUACGAAGCAUUGGGAAGACUAAUGGAGAACCAAUUCCUGAUGUGUGGCACACUUCCAUUGAAACUUGUAGAAGCGCUGUUGCAUCAACUCGUGGCUGCCAGAGUCGACGAAAAUUGCCCGGAAAGAUCCCUACUCAGUAUGAUGACAACCAGAGAACGACGAGUAAUCAACGAUGCCAAUUAUGGGAGAAAUUUUUGUACAGCUCGAAUACUUGAAAUUCUUGCCGCAUACGGAGUUCAAACAUUCCCGCACCCAGACAACAUCAAGGCAAUUGUUGUGGAAGUUGCAAGAGCCCAGCUGGUUCGAAAACCAUUUUAUGCAUUGACGAGAAUGAAAGAAGGUAUGUCAGCGACGUUUCGAAGCUUGGUAACAACGGACGACAUCGCAGCAAUGUAUCGCGUCUGUGUACCGACAACAAGAAACAUUCUCAACAUACUUUAUUCAGAUCCAAAGGACCCAGAAGAAGCGAAGACUUUUCGUUGGCUAUUGCGAUACGUCAGUGAGUUAAGUAAAGAGUCAGCCUCGAGUCUUCUACACUUUGCCACUGCCUGCGAGAUGAUUAUUCCAGGUAAGCGUGUAAAAGUGGAAUUCGAGACCUGUCCGAAGUAG